CCCUUAUUAGUCUCUACUCUUUAUCCAAUGACCAUCCUUGCCAAUAAUGUUUAACGGCUUAAUCACCAUCAGAAGAUAAUUUAAGUAAAAUACUAAACCAUGCCAUACACCGAAAAGUCACCUCCCUGUGGAGCCACGUUCUUCCUCCAUGAGAGUACAACAAAUCAACCUGUCUCUUUCUCCACAAACCACCCAUGGUCACAUGCUCGAUCUCAGAGUCUCAGUGUCUCCCGGCAUCUCUUUCAUCUUCAUAAUUGCAAUCCUAGUUCCAUAAAUUUAAGCAGGCAUUUGCAUCCCCAGCCCAGGCAGCAAUUAUUAACUCCACCUCUCUCUCUGCAAAUAUUUGCUUUCCUUAAUUUGGGCUGUUUUGGGCAUCUCCGCCAACCCAGUUCUGCGAUUUUGCUGUUAGAUUCUCACAGGUGGAGCGGAUCAUCAUUGCAUCUGGUAGAUCUUCCUUCCAUGUGUUUUUAAGAGUAAAAAAGAUUCAAUCUUUUGGCUUUGUUUUACCGUCUUCCUCUUUUGCUGCUGGGGAACAUGAUUAAAUCAGUGAGGAAACAAGUAGACAGAUGCAGAAGGGCCUUUUCCUGUAGCUGGUGGUGGCACCAUGGCUGAAUCAUCAUCUUCUUCUUCUUCUGCUUGUAAGCUGCUCUGUUUCUUCUCACUUCUCAAUCCCCUGCUUUUUCUGUGUUUGAAAUGUUGUGUCGUGUUCUUAUAGGAUGCUUUUCAGUCCUCUGGAAGGAUAUUGAACGAUCCUCUUAGUUAUAGAAAAAUGUCAGCAUAUGCCCACCAAAUGGAGAGGGAGUUCUCUGCUGGUAGCCUAUCUAGCGGAGAAGAUUCUGAAGAGAUGAGAAGCCGAUAUGUGAUGGAGUCGGGAUUCUACAUGACAUCAUUCGCUGCAACGAUGUUCAUUGCUCUCCUUGUCACAGCAGGAGUGUUGAUGAUCAGCUUGCUCAUUCUGCUGACAGUAAUGCUCCAAUCCUGUGAGAACAGGAGCAAAGGAGUUAUGGAAGAGACGACGCCACAACAAAUUCACACUGCUGGUUUUCUGAUGAGUUACCAUCAAUGCAAGAGCUUUGCAGAGCUCAACAACCUGAAAACACCAGACUUACUGCCUCCAAUGUGCUGGGAUCAUAUUGCUGAUUACCACAAUCAGGUGGCUGCAGGUGGUGAAUACGAGAGAGACCUGGCCGCUGGUCUCUGGGUUGUCGAGGGAUACUUCGAUGGAGUCAAACCUUCUGAUGAUAAUGGUCUAGAUGCUGCAGUGUUGAUUGACAUAGACAACAGCAUUAUCUUCAACUCCAAACAGUUUCAGCAACAAGUGCUGCUUCUGAGAGUGUACAAGAAACUUCAAGCUAGUGGAUGGUCGCUAGUUUUGAUAUCAAGAAAUCAAGAGAAGGAACGAAAUGCCACUGUGCAGCAACUCGUUUCUGCAGGAUACGGAGGCUGGUCCUCACUGGUUCUGAGAUCAGAUGACGAAAUGGAGCAUUCUGCAAUUGAAUACUUUUCAAGAGAAAGAGUUUUGGUGGAGACGCGGGGCAUUCGGGUAGCAGCAGUAAUCAGCAGCCAGAUGGAUGCUCUUACUACAGGUCCUCCAAGUUCAGGAACGCGUGUCUUCAAGCUACCAAACCCAGAAUACUACUACCAUGACUACUUUAAAGAUUUCAGGAUCUCAACAAAUCUGCCCAAAGAGACCAUUUCACACAGUGUCUGAUUCCCUAUUAACAGCUUCCUAGCUUCGUUACCAUUUACCAACGUGCAUUGUGAAUUGUUGUAGUUCCUAGCUUGAAAAAUCUGUUGUAAAUGAGAGAAAUGCUGUAUAUAUUUAAUACGAAGAGAAGUUAAUUGACAAUGCAGUAACUGCUUGCUGAUAAACACACAGAUUGAGUCUAAUGGUUAAGAGAACCAGCUGAUCGCAUCAGCCUCUUCAACCAUGCAAUCCAAAUACUAGGGUUUUUCAACUCGAGGAAUCAUGAAUAUGUCCAAUGCAAAUAAAUAGAGUUCACUUCUCUGCAGUCUGAGUGUUUAACAAACCUGCAUCGUAUUGCUGCAUUAUCAGUGAACUCCUUGAUUCACCAGCUUUUUCUAGUUGGAUCAUCAUGGUCGAGCCUUCUGCACUGAAUAAGAGGUUCAGCACCAUAGUUGUCGACAACUGCUGUUCCAUCAACGAGUAGGUCUAAUUUGUCAACAAACUGGAGUCCCUUCAGCCGAAACGGGGCAGUUCUGGGUAUUCCUACAACAGAGAGCAAGCAAUGACGAUAUUAUUAUCAACCAAGGACGCAUGCCAAGGUGAUUGAUGCUACAAAUGACAGACAUGGAUGUAGUAAUUCAAUUCCCUUGCAGUGGCUCCAAAUUUUUUGGCAACUGGAUCCCAUUUCAUGUAACCAGUGGUAACCAACUUAGACCAAAUCCUCCACUGCUUAUUCACAGAAUCCCAAUGGUUUUUGAACUGGACCGUGUUUAACAUGACACCAGUUCUUGUGUAGAAUGAAUCAAUAAGGUUUAU